UGUCCUAGUCAUAAUUAAUAGCCGCGGCUCACUACUUUAUGUCCCCCCUCCCCUAUCAAACCCCAAACCUCACUAUUAUAUAAAAAUCUCUCGUUCUACUAUCAUCAUAUCCGCCGUGGUCUUCAACUCUCUCUCUAGCUGCUAUCCACAGCCAAACCAUGCCAACGUAUACUUUUUUUUUUUUUUUUUUUAUAACCGUUGAGAAUUCAAAAUUUUCCAAUGCUCUAUCUAAUCUAAUGUAAUUCCAAAAACCUCACUCUCUCCAAAGUCCAAACCUUUUUCAAGUUUCAUCCCAAAAUGGGUUGCUGUCUCAGCACCACCAAAACCCCCCGGGACCACCACUACAAACCCGGCUCCACAACCCACCAGAGGCUUCCGGUGAACUCUCCGUUGCCUGAACCCGAUCUGACCCAUGUCAGGGACAACAGAGAUCCACCACCACCGGUAGAAGAUGAAUUCGAGUCCGUCAAAGAGGUCCUCUCUGAAACACCCUUUGUUCCCAAACCGCAAAACCCAGUGCCAGUUGAAGAUGAAGCAGAAAUAGAAGAAGAGAAGAAGACCCAAGUGGCCGUUGAAACAAAGGGUCUGAUCAAUGUGCUUCACAAAGCUCAGAACGAGGUCUCUGAAGCUUCUCAGAUAUCAGAGAGCUUCACAUUAUCGACAACCACCACUGCUACUACCAUUACUGUUACUGAGAAGAAGGAAGAAGACGAAGCAACCAGUAAAUGUAGCAGAGAAGCGAGGGUACCCAGAAAGCGUCCUUACACCGGCGAUCUCGCCGGAAGGAGAGAGCGUGCAGCCAAGUCUCCGGCGAGGAGAGCAGAGCCGUCGCCGGAGAAGAGAAGGUCUCAGGGAAGGGGAAUGGGUGACGUCAGGAGCAGGAGGCUUAACAUGGGGACCCCAGCCGGAGUCCGGCGAGAUUCAGGCGAGGGAUCUGGUCGGCGGUCGAGGUCACCGGCUACCAGGACAGCCGGUGGAGUUGGAAGGGGUGGAGUGGGGAGAAGUCCAGGGAAGGGGACUGGAAGAGCCGGUAGCCGGACACUGGACUCUGGGUUGCAGCAGCAGAGUAGCACUAGUACUACCACUACUACUGAUCAGGGUAAAGAGGAAUUAAACGAAGGCGUUUCGAAGGAGGAAAAUGAAUCUCUUGACAACCCACUUGUUUCGUUAGAGUGCUUCAUCUUUCUGUAGUUGUUUUUUGGAAGCACUUUCUGUUGUUUCACUUUCAGGACUAUUUUGUGUUUUGAUUUUGUCAAAACUACUACUUUUCUUGCUUCAUAAAACAUUUAUUAUGUUUUUGAUUUUGGUCUUGGUCUUGUAAUUGGAAUUCAUCCUGGGCUAGCAAACUUGCAAAAGGACAUCUUUCUGUACAUUUGUGUUAAUUAAAAUUACUUGACAAUUCAGGUGGGAGCUGGUUAUAAUUGACCAAUGACCAUAUUCUCUCU